GGAUAUUGCGUGUCACUGCUCGCAAUGGUCCAUGGGAUAUCAGCGGAAGUUCUGUUUAUGUCCUUGUGGUGAAGAAAAGUAGCAUCGCUAAAGUCAGAAAGAUAAAAACAUGUCAGCCAUGUACAGAAAUCUUAUGGCCCUCCGGCACAUUUCCAGGAGGACGGUCAGCAGUACCUCCCGUCGACAAGUCGAAAACAAAGUCCCAUCGCAGCAGAAGCAUUUCCAGGAGGACAAUGGUAUUCCCAUCCAUCUGAAGGGAGGCACCAAAGACGCUCUUUUGUACAGGACCACCAUGACCUUGACUAUUCUGGGAAGUGCAUAUGUUGUGUACGAGCUGUUCAGUGCUGCGUCACCCAAGAAGCCAGAAUGACAAGUGGGACUCACCCUUGUGUACAUCAUCCUCUGCCAAUUGUACAUAUUAGGUGUCAGGGAGUCCUGUUGUCAUGUCAUUGAAGAUUAUUUAAUGUUUGUGGAAACAAUAUGAUUCCAAUGUUGAUCUUAAAUAAAUGAAAACACAUUACUUA